CCUGACGCGUCGCUUUUACUGCCCUCCGUUGCCCACUCCUGUGCACCAGUACAGUGGUCGCUCAAUAAAGAAAAUCACUUAAAGAACAUAAAAAAGAAACCCCGAGUCUGAAAAAUGCCCUUGGACUCUUCUCACCUUUGGCUUUUAUCAUCUUUGACUUCUUAAAAGUUGACAUGCCAAUUAGUGCAUUCAAAAUUCAUGACGUGUGUUAAUUGCUACACUUAAACCCAACUAGAUGGCCAACGAUUGGGGGCUGUAAAACCUUUAAGACAAAACCGGGCCUUAUCGCCGCGUGAAAGAUAGCAGAUAAUGUUGUUUAUGAUUUCCCAAAACAACUUUGUGAUUCAGUUUUAGCCACGACCCAGCAAUGGUGGCAUCGCAACGGACCAGAGAUCUGUGCCGCACAGUAAGAUUGAAAUCGACGCAGGUUUUCAUUGUGGCCGGAACAUGCCUAAUUACGGUCCUAAUCACCCUGCUCUGCAUUGGCUUUAUGACGCGCUACGAGGUGGAGAACGAGGUGGCCAACGUGGCGGAUGUGGACUACUGGAAGGACAGGGUGGCAGCCUUACAGAAAAUCUGGUAUGACAAGGGCAUUGAAGAGCUGAAUGAAGCUCUAAGAACGCCAUCGGGUCCGGUAUAUCCCAGGAACUUGAGGAUCUUUGUGGUUCAGGGAAUAGAUGGUCGGGACUUGGCUACCCAUCGGUUUCCAGCUCGAGAGAUUAGCCAGGGCAAUGUGAACUUUGUGUGGGACCAAUAUUCGCAUUUGGCCCGCCUGAAGAACAGCUGCAGUCAGAGAUUUCCCUGCCCAGUGGGAGGGUUAUCCCGGGCCUUCUGGACGGGGAUUCCUCUGGAAAAGUCUGUGGAAAUGGAAACGGAAUGCAAGCAAAUGGAUAACCAAACGGAUUCCUUGAUGAGUGUCCUAAGACAGGCUCAAUUAGCCGGCCUGCGAACUGGUUUUGUGACCACUCAACGGCUGACGGGUUCCACGGGAGCAGCUCUCUACGGCAACAGCCUGUACGAAUGCGAUGAGCGAAUGCCUAUGGGUUUCCUCCAAUCCGGCUGCCAGGAUGUGGCCCGCCAGCUAAUAUCCGGAGAGACUGGCAAGGCCCUCAACGUGAUCAUAGGCGGCGGCCGGCAAAUGCUAAGCAAACUCGUGCCGCAAACCCAGUUCGAUCCCGUGGACGAGCUACUCUGCCAGGCCGGCGAAGGGCGCAACUUGCUGAAGGAGUGGCGCAAUCAGAAGCUCAAGCAGAGCAAAAUCAGGCCCAUUAAGUUUGAUUUGAUCCAGCGAACCGAUGAGCUGGAGUCCCUGAAUGCCAGCCGCUAUGACCACCUGAUGGGGGUGAUGGCCAAUGGAGACUUGAGUGGAAAUCCCAAGGCUCCAUCUUUUAAGCUAAUGGUGGAAAAGUCACUCGAAGUUUUGGAGGGAAAAAAACAAGGCUAUCUACUAAUUGUGGAGCAGGUUAGGGAGAAGGGAGUGAACAGUAGAAGACAGCUGCAGAUCCUGAACGAUACACUGGUUAGUCUUCCUAAGGAUAGGGAUACCUUAACCCUGGUGCUCUUUACCAAUGGCAUAUAUCCAAAGCCCAGCCUAGACAUCAGCGAGGAAACGGAAACCAUCAGUUAUUUGUCAGAGAUUUUUAACGAAGAGGAAAUUCGACUUCAGGAAAGACUGCAGCAAAUGCCGUCGGAGAGUUUGCUGUUUGCGCAGGGACCCAGGUCUACCUUAUUUGUUGGUUUACGAAAUGAAACCUACCUGGCACAUGCUAUAGCUCAUGUCCUUAGCAUGAGUAAGCUGGUAGCCAAACUAUAAAGGGAAUUAAAUGUUUUAAAAGAAAAAUUAAUAGUUUUUAAGGUUUGUGUUCUAUGGUUGUAAUUACUAUUACUUCUAAUCCUUUUCCCCCAAAUAAAAGUCUUCCGUUUGUUAAUUGAUUUAUUAAACUUUAA